UUGAUGCUUUAACCUGAUUGGUUGUUGGGUUUGAAUGCAGGGCGGUUGGCGUGAGAAGUGCAGCGAUCUGCGGAGUGAGAGAACAUGGAAGCGGCAAAGACACUGAGUGCCCAGGAGGAACGUCGAAGGAAGCUGCAGGAAUACCUGACAGGAAAGGGGAAACUGAAACUUGAAAAUAACAAACCCUACCUAAAGGACAGCACCAACUUACAACCCGCAAGGUGGCAGCAGCCUUCUAAACAGGUCAGAGAGAAAAAAGAUGCCCCCCCUAAAAACACCAGAUUUAAUUCUGAAGCAAACAAGAACAGGACUUUAAAUUCUGGACUUCUUCAAAGCAGACCAACUGCAGGAAAAAUAACUACCCAGCCACAAAUCUUAUCCAGAAAGCCUGCAUUACCUAAAGACAAUGUACAGAGAGGGGGACCUGUCCUUUCUGGGCAGGCAAUACAGCGCAAAAAUGGAACUGUCAAGGACAGAUCACUUGGAAAGGAGUCCUCUCUUACAGCUCACCAAAAGGCUGAGAUUGGGUUAACUGUUGUCUUGAUCAAAAACCAAGAUGGAGAUAAAACCAGAGUUUCUGAUGUGUGUUUGGUGGACAAAGCUUCUGCUUCUGAAAAAGGUGACAUCAAAAGCACACAGACAAAGGAUUCAGAACUACGAACCUUACAUAAGCCCUCUGUAGGGAUUUCUGCAAAGAAAAGCCAAGCACUGCCUUCCAAACCAAAAUCUGCGUGUCUGGAGACAAAUGCCCAUAAGCCAACGGGUAAAACAAUUCCUAGACAUAUCCGUAUUAUCUCUAGAGUAAGCCAGCAUGUGUCUAACAUUGGGACUCCCAAUGAAAGGAGUUUUGUUAUUAAAUCCUCCAGAACAAAUAACUUGGGGCCAGUGGCUGCACGUAUGGAGCAGGCAAAAUCUGCAGCUCUUAAGCCAAGCUGUGCCGCUAAACCAAAUACAGCUGUAAAGACUACUACUACUUCAUUAGCCACAGCACAAAAAUUCUGCCCUCAUCCAGUUUCUACUAACAAAACUAAGCAUAGUAGUUCAGCAUGCACCUCUAAUAAAGUGCUUCCUGCUCAGAACCGUCACACUCUCAAUAAACCAGCAGUUUGUCAAAAAAACACAAGAAUGCCUGGCUCCAAUAGACCAGCUCCCAGACCACAGACUGGUGGCACUAACAGGACAAAAGGCACAGGCAGCAAUUCAGUAGUGACCAACCGCACUAACCAGAGCGCCACUUCUUCCAACCUACCCUGUGUGAUGGCCAGUGACACCCCCAGCAAACCACAGACUCCCAAAAUGACUGUAGAAGAUCGUAGGAGGCAACUGGAAGAAUGGCUUAGGUCAAAGGGUAAGACUUACAAGCGGCCACCAAUGACACUGCCACCUAAACAGCCCCCUACUGCAAAGAAAAAACAGAACCCCAACCUUUCAUUGUGGGAGGGAAUAGAAGAGGAGGAGGAGCUACUGCUACUGUCCAAGAAAAUCGGCCAGACACUUGGCGAGUGCCUGGAACUCAUUGAUAAGGGUGUUCCAUCAGAGGAUAUCCAUGCCGUUCUGGACAAAAUUCCUGAAAGGAAAAAGUUUGCUAAGUACUGGGUGUGCAAGGCAAAGCUCCUAGAAAGGGAGGGCAUCACUGAUGUAGUGGAGUUGUACAAGCAGGGCGUCCAGUGUGGAGCUACACCAAUUGAUGAAUUACGAGAAGUUGUCUUUGAUAUUAUGAAGACUACAGGCAGGAAAUCUAAAGUUGUUACCUUUGGACCAUUGCCUAUUGAGGACACUGCAGUGGACAGUGAGCAGUAUGAGGAGAAGGAUAUAUGCAGUCAUGCUACACCAGUCAUAAAGUCUGUGGAUGACAUGGAGACAUCGUGUUUUGAAAUGGGCAUGUGUGACCAGGGCUCUGCAGUCAAAUUCCAGGUUGCCUGUCUCUCCAGCAAGAAGAAAAAGGAUGGAGGCAGCCAGGAAUGGAAGUGUCUGACUCCAGUGCGGAGGUCGCAGCGAAUCCAUCAGUCGGCAGUUCAGUAUCCAGAAGUAGUACAGGAACAUGACACUGUGGUGGCCUCUCUGGAUGAGCUCCUGGACAUGGCCGACACAGAGGCUUACCUGUAUCUGAGGAAUGAAGCUCUGCCAACGGAGGCAGACCACACCAUCCUUAGUAUGGUGAAGCAGGACAAUUCAGAGGGUCAAAAUGAAAAACCAGCAUGAGAUAAAUAAAAGUUGUGAUAAUGUCAAGGUUACCCCCAACGUAAUCAAAUGAGCUUUAUGGAGCACAGCGAUCUCUGAACAAGACCUAUUUUUUAUGUCCACCUAUAAUCUGAAAUGUGAUCCAGCUUCAAGUAAUGUAACCAUACUGCAGGCUGUGUGAAAAGAAAAGGUGAAAUGCCAUGUAUAUUUACAUGAUAAAUAUGCUUCAUAGGACAAAUGUCAGCUGUAAACGUUUCACCUUUUUUUCACCUUUGUGUCCUAAAAGCUGGUGGCUUUAUGUAACUUCACUAUGUAUGUGAGGAGAAAGGUCUAGUUACUUUAAACUGCAUGAGAUCAUUUAUAGCCAAUUGUGUGUAGUGCACUGGGAAGUCACUACCAUCUCGGAACCACAGGCAGCAGGCGCUGUGCCAGAGCAUUGGCCAACAACACUCUUCCUGUCCAUAUUAUAUAUGGACAGAAGACUGACUUCAUUCAAAUAUAAGUAUAGAGGCACUAUGCACCUGAUGAACACCGCAUAUAUUUGGUAUAUGCUGUCUGUUCAGAUAAUGUGUAUUACAUUAUAAUGCAACGCUGUACUAUAAAUUAGUGAUGCAUCUGAACUGCAGAGCCGCUAUGGUACAUGCAAUUUUGUUGCCACAUACAGUAUUAAUCUCUUGUAGAAGUGUGCAUGGAGCCAAGCCAGCUGUACACUUCAGUAGUGCAUAUAUUCAUAUACUGUAUGCAUUUUAGGGUUCAUAGCUAGACCCUAAAUCUUUGUUGCAAAUCUAGUUUACUUGUUUACAGUAUUACAGCUAUAAAAAGAGCUGCCCACUGUCUGAUGAUAAACCAUAUUCAUGGUCAGGGUUGACCUCCUAGAAGGCCAAUUUUUUAUAUGAAUUUGAAAAGUUUAAAGAAUUGCAAGCUGGACAAAUCAAAGACAUAGGACUUGGAGAAAUGCUGCAUCGGAAGUCUGCCUCCCCAGUAGGGUUUGUGUAGCAUGCUAUCCAUCCAUGGAAGCUACAGCCUACUUCAGUAAGGGACAUUGCUAUAUAUUUAUAUACACUUAAUCUCAUUUUGGAAUCUAAUGGUAUGUUCUGUCUAAACAUGUUCCAUCGGUAUAGGGUUUCACAUAUCUGAUGCUUUUUGUGUGCAUUGCAUGUUCUAUAUUUCAUUGCUUGGUCACUAUUAUAAACGUGUUCUCUGUAAGCAUUUUUCAAACUAAUGGCCUGAAUUCCGUACAUAAAGAAGCAUAUACUACAGGGAGAUUAACAUUUUGCCUUUUCCUGUAAAGCAGGGGUGCCCAGCCAGUGGCCUGUGGAGUGGUCUGACAUGGCCGGCGACCUCCUGAUCAGGGUGGCAAGCCCAGAUUGUGGGUUGCCGACCCGCCAAUGAAUGAGGUCGGGGGUAGAUGAGGGCACUCUGCAUAUGCAGAGUGAACAUGGACCGGUCACCUGCCCGCUCUGCUCAUUGUGGCCCCCGACCAGUUACUUAAAUGGCCCUCACUCUUCAAAAGGUUUGGCACCCCUGCUGUAAAGUCUCUGUGCAAGUAGACUUUACAGAGGGGUCAGAAACAAUGGGCAGAAGACCUUCUGGGAGACUCUAAUUUACCAUUUAGUAGAAGCCCUUUUUUUUAUUUUUUUUUAUUGUAUCUACAUAGGAACCUUUUUUUAUUCAAGAUAUUGGAGAAACAUAAUUAUUUAUGUACUUUGCACUUAAAUAAUUCUUUAACUUCCUGGAGGUAUUUUUGAAGAUGCUUUUCAGUGUUUUAAAAGAGAGGAAUUGUGUAUUUUUAAAUUUUAUACUUUUAUGUGUGAGCAUAUCCGAAAAGGAUAUUAAACCACUAACCUGAUAUUUUUAAAUGGGACAAUAAAGCUAUUUUAAGUUAA